CCUUUGAUCCUUUCCUUUGAGAUUUCUGUGCGUUGACAUGACACACCGACGAACGUCAAGUGUGUUUAUUAAAUUUAAAAUGUAAUUUCUGGCUUAAAAAAUGUCAAUCUAGCUUAUCCAUUUAGCUCAAUACGUAGAUUUGCAGAUAUUGAACAAUCAAAACACUACAGAAAAACUUGCCAAAAGCAUCUUCCGGUUUCUAACACGGAAACAUAACCUAUUUUGGUUUGAUUACAGACCCAUAUUAUACUGCUUUCUGAUUCCAAUAUGGCGUCGUUAUCUGGUUCUUCCUUCAGUCUUCCCUUUCUAAUACUUGUGUUUAUCUUUGGAAUUACGUCAGUUUUUGGAUUUGCCACAGACGAGAUGGAGGUUUUUGAUGCGGUGGAAGAAAUCAAUCAGAACUUCUACACUUUGCUGGAUAUUCCUCAGAAUGCUGAUGCAUCUGCUAUUAAAAAAGCGUUCAGACGUUUGUCACUGGUUCUACAUCCUGACAAAAACGACGCUCCAGACGCCGAGGUGCAAUUCAGACAGUUGGUAGCCAUGUACGACAUCCUGAAGGACCCCAACAAGCGGCGUUGCUAUGACAACGUGUUAGUGAAUGGUUUGCCAGACUGGCGACAAGCUGUCUACUAUUACAGACGUGUGAGGAAAAUGGGACUGGCUGAGAUGACCGCCAUUUUGUUUGUUAUUAUCAGCAUUGGUCAGUAUCUGGUUGGAUGGGCAGCCUAUCUCGAGAAGAAGUACACUGUGGAAGAGUACCUGAGUACGAAAAGCAGAAAACUUCACCGUAAACAGAAAAAAAACAAGGGUGAUACAACUUCACUCAUACAGGAAUUUGAAAUCGAGCUAGAAAAACCCAGUGCUAUGGACACUCUGCCGUUUCAAAUUCCAAGGCUGAUUUGGUUUUUAUUGGUCAGUGCUCCACCGCUCACUUAUCAAUGGCUGAGAGAGUAUUUGGAGGAACGGCAACGGCAGAAGCUUCUUCAGGCUGAAGAACAAGACGCAUCCUCAGAGGAAGACGACGUUCCGCCCCAACCACGCCAACCGCGACGUCGCAAACCGGCGUUCAGCGUUCCCGAAAUAAAAGAUGGCGCUCCCGCCAAACAAAAUGGCCGCCAAACUGCUUCCCCACCACCUCCCACCGCCGCCUCUCCCCCUCCGGUCUCGGGAGGUCUGUGGACCGAUGACGAUCUGUUAGAACUGACGCGAUUGGUCAAGAAGUAUCCAAUGGGAACUCUGGAACGCUGGGAACGCAUUGGCGAGGCGCUGGGUCGAUCGGCCAAUGAGGUGGCUCAUAUGGCGCAUAAGGUCAAAGACAACAUGGUACGCACACUGACCUCCAAACGGCAGCAACGUCGGAUGAAAGACGACUCUGAGGAAGAGGAAGAGGAAGACAGCUCCAACAAUGAAGGAGAAGAAGGAGAGGAAAUGGUGGAGGUGGAGGAGGAACCGAGAAAGGUGAAGACAAAGGGAGGCAAGCAUGGGGCAGCCGGGGAGGGGGCAGGCGGCAAGGGGUGGUCACAACUGCAGCAGAAGGCAUUGGAGACGGCGCUGGCUAAAUAUCCAAAGAACAGCGCACAGGAUCGAUGGGAUAAGAUUGCCAAAUGUGUGCCCGGCAAGACUAAGGAGGAAUGCAUGCAACGCUUCAAACACCUUGUCGACAUUGUCAAGAAGAAAAAAGACCAAGAAACCAAUAAUGCUGAAUCAACACAAGAUACACAACAGUGCGUGCAGGCAACGGAAAGCGCUGCUUAACAUGAUACGGAACGAGUUGUGUAUCAUUCUACUUGAUACAGUCUUCCCCGGUUUUAUGCAUUAUUCCAUUAUUUGCACCAAUAAGUUGGAAUAUGGAUGGUCGAGUGGCGAGAAAAAUAUUGAAAUUGUUGCAGUGUGAGAGAGAAAGAUAGAGUACGGUACUGCAGAGGCGGUCUCUUUCUCUCGUUAUCUGUUUUGCACUAGCUGAUAGGACAGCCAAACUGAAGUCUCUUCUCUACCUUGACCUUUCUCUUGUACUCAAGCAUCGUCUAGCAUUUUUUAAUUGAAAUUGAUACAAAACAGUUGUGUAUCAUAUCAAUUGGAAUGAUUCUGUAUCAUAUAUACUGAUACUGUAUCAUAUAUACUGAUACUGUAUCAUAUAUACUGAUACUGUAUCAUAUAUACUGAUACUGUAUCAUAUAUACUGAUACUGUAUCAUAUAUACUGAUACUGUAUCAUAUAUACUGAUACUGUAUCAACCUGUAUAUUGAUACUGUAUCAACCUGUGCAUUGAGCUGUAUCAACAACCUCUUAACUGAUACUGUAACAUUAAAUUUGAUGAACUAUUCCCAGUUUCUGUGUAAUUUUAUUUGAUACAUUACUGUAAAGUAUCAUACAAAACUAUUGAUGUAUUAUUCCGUUUGAUACAGUCUUCCCACCGUCUUACUGUUGUAAUUUGAUUUCACUGGUGAUUGUUGUUGAUAUUAUUGUUGUGUAAAAUGUUUGUUUUAUAAAGAACUUUUUGUUCAAA